AUGGCCGCCUCAAUUCCCAUUGUGAAAAAGCGUACCAAGCGCUUCAAGCGUCACCAAUCAGACCGCUACAAGUCGGUGAAGGAGGCAUGGCGGAAACCGAAGGGUAUUGAUAACAGGGUGCGACGGAGGUUCAAGGGACAGAUCGCUAUGCCUAAGAUUGGGUAUGGCAGCAACAAAAAGACUCGUCACCUCCUUCCUAAUGGAUUGAAAAAAUUCGUUGUAUCGAACGUGCGAGACGUGGACAUCCUGCUCAUGCAUAAUAAGAGCUUUGCGGCCGAGAUCGCACACAACGUCAGCAGUCGCAACCGUGUUGUUAUCUUGGAGAGGGCCAAAGCACUCGGCUUGAAGGUGACGAACCCUGCAGCGCGUCUGCGCUCGGAGGAGUAA